AUGGGGUCGUUCAGCCGCGCCAUCGAGUACUCGAAUCCCAUUGUGCCAGGCUUCUCGCCCGACCCCUCUGUGGUAUUCGUCGACGGAACGUUCUUUCUCUGCACGUCGUCGUUUCAUGUCUUCCCAGGACUACCCAUAUAUGCAUCGAGGGACUUAAAGGGAUGGACGCAUAUUGGAAAUGCGCUGAAUAGGCAAUCACAGCUCAGUCUGAAGAAAGCUGGAACCAUUCAUGUCACGCUUGACACCGGAUUUCCCCUUGUAGGAACUCUGGGCAUUGUUGCCCCGAGUAUCCACUACCACAAGGGAAUCUUCUACAUUGUAACGACCAACACGGAUCACAGCGGGCCGUACCACUGCGCAAACUUUAUCAUUAGCACAGAGAACAUCUGGAGCAACAAAUGGAGUGACCCUGUCUACUUUGACUUCAACGGUAUUGACACCAGCCUCUUCUUCGAUGACAAUGACCGCGUCUACGUACAGGGGAGCUGGAUGUUGCGUCGCGAUAAACAACCCACCGCCAACAUUAAGCAAUCGAAAUCGAGAUCACCACGGGCAAGGUCCUUUCAGAAGCCAAAGAAAUCUGGACUGGGUGGGCCAAAUACGAUACGGAAGGCCCGCACAUCUACAAGCGCGGAGACCAACCCUAUCAUGACGGCAGAUGGCAAGGAUGAGUACAUACAAAAUAUUGGCCACGGCGAUCUGUUCCAGGACUACGACGGCCGCUGGUGGGCCGCUGUCCUUGGCGUCAGGAAGCAGGAGGACGGGAACCUCGGUCUAAGCCGCGAAUCCUUCUUGUCCACUGUUAACUGGCCCUCUGGUGAUUGGCCUGUGGUUCGCCAACCCAGGAUGAACUUCACGAGGGAGGCGUCGUUGUCCAUGGUCAGUCAUUCUCCGCUCACGGCGCCUCCGUUUGUCGAGGAUCUCUACAUCCGUGACUACGAUCCGUCCAAAUAUCGCCAUACCGACGACGGGAAGACCAUAACGCUCACCCCCAGUCGGACGGAUUUUACGUCCCCCGUCGAUACAUGCACGUUUCUUGGCCGCCGUCAGCGAUCCCUUGAUAGUAUAGCUUCUACUCGUAUCACGGUCAUCGAGGGUCCUCUCGGCAAGAAUGUGCAGGCAGGUCUCGCACUGUACAAGGACCCAAUACGAUCCGCAUACAUCGCCUUUGACUUUGCCACGAAUUCACUAGUCUAUUCUAUCCACAACUCGGCGUCAGGUCUCAGAGGCCGUAUAUCCCGCAAUAUCAUCGGUAAAGUGGAGGAGGCGGAGUUGCGCAUCUCGGCGGCUCCGUUAAGGUACAGUUAUGCGGCCAAGAUUCGGUUGGCAGAGCCUGGUAGGGGGAGCGAAAAAGACUGGUUCGAAGUUGGGUCGAUGGAGUCUCUGGCUCUCGAUGCCAGGGACUUCACGGGACCUAUCCUCGGCGUGUUUGCACAUGCUGGGGACGGUGAGGCAGAGGCGGCAGAGGUGACCUUUAAGGGUUUCGAUUUCUUAGGCUGA